AUGUGGGCCGUCGACAGUGGUGCAACGCACCACAUUUGCCACGACAAGACCAAGUUCGCAAGUUUGGCAGAGCGCAAUGAGGGCGAACUCUUGGUGGCUGAUGGCAACAAGGUGGCCAUCAAGGGUGUGGGAACCAUAAUGGAAAAGGUGGUUCUGCCCAACGGUGAAGAGCGUGAGAUCGAAAUCAAGAACGCGCUAUAUGUUCCAAGUAUGAGCAAGAACCUGCUCUCGGUACCACAGAUUAACAGCCAUGGCAAGUUUCAAGUCGUGUUUGACGGGUCCAAGAUGUAUGUGACUCUCAAGAACUCACAGCAAGUGGUGGCGACAGCGGAUCUCGUGGAUGGACUCUACUGGCUUCGGACGACUCAACGAUCAGCGAAUGUGACAACAAGUGGAACCAGUUGUGCCGAUCUACAUGCGAGAAUGGGUCAUUCUCCAGUCGAUGCACUUCGCAAGAUGAUCACCAACAUGAUCAAGGAUGUGCGAGUCCCUCUCAAGUCGGGUGGAGCAACUACAUGUCGAGGAUGUCAACAAGGGAAAAUGGUCCAAAAACCAUUUCCAAGCAACCGAGACAAGCGCAGCUACGAUACGUUUGAGCUGCUUCAUCUGGACAUCUGCGGGCCCAUGGAAAAGGAUUCGCUCGGUGGCAGCAAAUAUUUGCUGCUGAUCAUCGACGAAGCCAGUGGAUGCAUGAAGGGCUUUUGUCUACGAGUGAAAUCCGAGAGUGAAGACUACAUCCGGAAAUAUGCCACCAUGGUACAGACGCAAUUCUGUAAGAAGGUCAAGUUCGUGCGACACGACGGAGCUCGCGAGUUUGCAACCAACUCACUUCAGCUGUUCUACGAAGAAACGAAGGAUUCUGGUGAUUCAACACCGCCUGUGUUUUGGCGUGCGAGUGCAAAUGCCGUUGAAGCAGCAGUGGACUUAUCAGAACCCUCAACAUUUGAAGCAGCAGUAAGCGGCCCUGACCAAGUGCACUGGAGAAAAGCAAUUCAUGCAGAGCUCGAGUCAAUGCGACUUCGCGGUGUGUUUCGUGCAGCCAAGCUGCCCAACGGACAACGCGCCAUUGGCACAAAAUGGGUGUUCAAGAUCAAGCGUAAAGCGGAUGGAUCUAUCGAGAAGUACAAGGCACGACUUGUGACCAAGGGUUUCCGCCAAAAGUAUGGCAUCGACUACACGGAUACGUUUUCGCCUGUGGUCAAGUAUGUGACGCUGAGAAUGGUGAUCGCAAUUUCCAAGCAUUUUGGAUGGCCCAUCGACCAGCUUGAUGUGGUGACAGCUUUCCUGUAUGGCGUCAUGAAGGAACAAGUGUUCUGCGUGAUUCCUGAAGGCGUCGAACUUGACAUGUCAGGCUUCGACCCAUGUCUCUACAUCAAGACAUCGGACGGCCAUUGCGUGUUUAUACUGGUCUAUGUGGAUGACGUGUUGGUGACAGGAAGCUCACCCAAGUUGAUUGCACACACCAAGGAAGACCUGAAGACACGCUUCGAGAUGACUGAUAGCGGCAAGUGUGCAUUUGUUCUUGGGAUCGAGCUUUUGGACGGUGAAGAUGGCAGUGUGACACUAUGUCAGCGUCGGUAUGUCGAUGAUAUCCUCAAGCGCUUUGGCAUGGAUGAUUGCAAGGCUGUGUCAAGUCCAGUGGACAUGAGCUCUCGACUUAUUUCAAGCAAUGCAGCUACCAAGGUCGAUGCUCCUUUUCGCGAAGCUGUUGGUGCGUUGAUGCACCUGACCACUGCAACGCGUCCGGACAUUGCGUUUGCUGUGAGCUAUGUGUCGCGGUUCAUGGAAAAUCCCCAAGAAGAACACUGGGUUGCAGUUAAGCGUAUCUUUCGCUACCUACAAGGCACCAAGACGCAUGGAAUUUGCUACAAGCCAAGUGCAAGGAUCGACUUCCGUGGAUAUUCGGAUGCGGAUUGGGCUGGUGAUCUUACCGACCGCAAGUCAACAUCGGGGUACACGUUCAUGCUACUCGGUGCGCCAGUGAGUUGGGGCAGCAAGAAGCAGCCAAGUGUUUCGUUGUCCACGACUGAAGCUGAAUACAUCGCACUCAGCUUGGCGAUUCAAGAGGGCAAGUGGAUUCAUCGUCUGCUUUGUGAGAUCGUGAUGGCUGCCAAUGAAGAAGGACCGGAACUCAUGAUUCAUGAAGACAAUCAGUCAUGUAUCAAGAUGACGAAGAACUGUUGA